AGGCAUUCCUGUGUGAAGAAAGCCGGCGUGAAGACAUUUGUGAGCGCCACAAAUACCCGGUGACCGGGAUACAGACAACAGAAACUCCAGAUCUCAUGCUGUCCCCUGGCAUUUGGUGGUGAUACAGGGCUGCUGGUCCCUAUGUGGAUCUGUCUUUCAAGAGAAGUUUGCUUUUGUUCGGUACAGUUUGCUGUCGUGGGAUACAUCUAAGACAAUUAUAAUCAUGGGGCAAGCUGAUGUCUCCAGACCGGUAAAUCCAGAUGCAGUUGAAGAAGCAGAGCAGCCCUCUGGAGACCCAGGCAUGGUCAUGGACAGUGUGGAAGCAGGAGACACAACACCUCCCACCAAAAGAAAAAGCAAGUUCUCAGGUUUUGGCAAGAUCUUCAAGCCGUGGAAAUGGAGGAAAAAAAAAAGUAGUGAUAAAUUUAAAGAGACAUCAGAAGUUUUAGAGCGAAAAAUAUCUAUGCGAAAACCAAGAGAAGAACUGGUUAAAAGAGGGGUUCUGUUGGAAGACCCCGAGCAGGGUGGUGAGGAUCCAGGAAAGCUGAGCCAUGCCACAUUAAAGAAUGGCCACACCGCCCCCAUAGGGAGUGCCAGGUCUUCUAGUCCAGUCCUAGUGGAAGAAGAGCCAGUGAGGAUAUCAAGUCUUCGGAAUCUUAUUCCAGAAGAGGAUUCAAAGAGGAGACUAGGCUCAACUGGCAGCCAGCCUAACUCUGAAGCAGAGUCUGCUCCUGAGCAUGUACCUAAGCAGCAUUUGUUCCCCCCAAAAAGGCUCUCAUCCUCUUCUUACGAAGCAAGCGAAGGGCAAGCAAAGGAGGCGGCCGUGUCUGCCAGUGCAUCGAGGUCCAUCUCCUCUACUGGCUCUCCUGCCGUCACCACUGCUGCCACCGCUGCUGCCACGAACGUGACAAAGACUGUUAAUUCCUUUGUCAUCCCUGCCCCGGCCCCCAGGACUCUGCCUGCUGCUCCUGCCAGCACUAACACUACUGCUACCCUGAGUUUUAUUCAUACCGCCCCUGCCAAGCAACCCCCUAUCCCACCCCCUAAACCAGCUCACAGAAACAGCAACCCUGUCAUUGCUGAACUGUCCCAAGCAAUUAACAGUGGUACACUGUUGUCGAAACCAUCCCCACCCUUACCACCCAAGAGAGGCAUUCCUUUAACCGUGGGACCCACCUCAGAGCCUGCUGCUUUACCCACAACAAAAACAGCAAGUGAUCAAAGAGAAAAAACUGUCUGUGUGUGUUCGGAACCACUGCUGAUCCCGCCUUCCUCCCCCUCCCCUCCACUGCCUACCCAUACACCUCCAGAGCCCCCAAGGUCCCCGCCAUUCCCUGCUAAGACCUUUCAAAUUGUUCCAGAAGUUGAGUUUUCCCUUCCUUUAGAUGUACCCCAGGACAUUUCCCAGCAGGAAGAUCAGAAAAAGGAAGUCCCCAAGAAGGUACAAGACCAGAGCUUUGGGGAGCCCCAUAUACCCUCCAGGCUGCCUCCACUGCCACUGCAUAUCCGAAUUCAGCAGGCCCUUACUAGCCCCCUUCCCAUGACCCCUCCGCUGGAAGGCGCUCACAGAGCUCAUUCCCUGCUGUUUGAGAACAGUGACAGCUUCUCUGAGGACAGCGGUACCCUGGGUCGGACCAGGUCACUUCCUGUCACGAUUGAAAUGCUCAAAGUUCCAGAUGACGAGGAAGAAGAACAGUCCUGCCCAUUGGCAUUUGCUGAAGACAUGACAUCUACCUCAGUCACUCCUAAGCUGCCGCAGUGUCUGCAGGAGGAGGAAAAGGAAAGUGACUCAGAUUCAGAGGGCCCCAUUCAGUAUCGAGAUGAAGAAGAUGAAGAUGAUGAAGAUGAAAGCCAUCAGAGUGCUCUGGCCAACAAAGUGAAGAGGAAAGACACGCUGGCAAUGAAGCUGAGUAGCAGGCCCAGUGAACCAGAGUUGAACCUGAAUUCUUGGCCUCGUAAAAGCAAGGAGGAGUGGAAUGAAAUACGGCACCAGAUUGGGAACACGCUGAUUCGGCGACUGAGUCAAAGACCAACAGCAGAAGAACUGGAGCAACGGAAUAUUCUACAGCCUAAAAAUGAAGCUGAUCGCCAAGCAGAGAAACGGGAGAUUAAGCGUCGGCUCACUAGGAAGCUCAGUCAAAGGCCAACUGUGGCUGAACUACUUGCCAGGAAGAUUCUGAGGUUUAAUGAGUAUGUGGAGGUAACAGAUGCUCAGGAUUAUGACCGGCGAGCAGAUAAACCGUGGACCAAACUGACUCCUGCUGACAAGGCUGCCAUAAGAAAAGAAUUAAAUGAAUUUAAAAGCUCAGAGAUGGAGGUUCAUGAAGACAGCAAACAUUUCACACGCUAUCAUCGCCCAUGAUGCUGAAGUGUGAAAAAGGACUAACGGAUCAUUGGAAAAGCAGAGCUGUUCUGUUGCUUGUCUCCAAGGCGACCGUAGCACUCCCCACACAGCCAGAGCUACUCUGGGAUCUGGUUCAGGGGUGAAUAGCACUUCUAUGAAUGUAGCCUUUCACUGGGACAGAUUCUCCUGUGCUGCCCUUAGAGAAGGAUGAAAUGCCUGAUGCUUUUUAACCUUUUAACAACACUGCAGUGGGCUUGAAGGCUUUCCUCUCACCAGCCACCCAAGCUCCUGCACUUGAAGGUUCUGCUUGAAGGCACAUUCUGCCCCAAGACAACUAACUGCCUGUGCUGAGGCAGUUUGUGCCAUUUAGCCUUACCCACCUGCCUUGUUUGUAUGGUCCACUCAUGUAGGUGUUACUUCCAGCCAUCAAAUCCUCUUGCCAGAAAAAAACCUGGAGGCACUACCUUUCUAGUAAAGGGGCUCCCACUUCCAGAAGAAGUACUUGGACCUCCCUGGCAUGGCAGAUGAAAGAUUGCACUAUCUCUCCUAGAUCAUGGCUGUAAGGCCCGACAGAAAGCUCGGUGUCUGACCUGUCCCUCCUUUCUUUUUGUUUUGAGACAAGAUCUUUAACUGUGGCUCAGGCUGGCCUCAAACUCCUGUCUCAGCCUCCCAAAUGCUAGGAUUACAAGCAUGAGCAUUCAUGCUUGGCUUUCAUCCUGGUCCAUAUUUUAAAGUGAUCUUAAAGAAAUGAUGGAAAUGUAUUCAUUAAACAGCCUGAGCUGUAAUCAGGCUGUUCAAAGGAGAAUGUCAUGUGCAGUUUCUAUAUACAAACGAAGAAAAAGGCCUUAAUAUUCAUGCCAAUUUGGCCGAGAACUGACUCAUGGGUUAAACUCCACAGACUAUUAUAUGUUCCUUGUACCAAAUGAUACUGUAAGUCACCUCCGCCAGUGGGUGUCGCACCCUGUGGGAGCAUUUGUGUGCUGUUGGUGCCCGUGCUUCCAGCCAGAGCCCUUCCGGUGCUGUUGGCCCUUUUAACUCCAGCAACCCUCUUGCUCUCCUCCCUGGCAGCAUUCACCUUUCUUGCCUUUCUGAUUCCAGGCUGUAGCCAGUGUGGUUGGUGCCUAAGUUUUUGGAUCAGGCCCCGUCUGUAUUUGUGAUGUAAGCACGUUUUCCUAAAGCAGAUCUAGUUACGUACCUCAAAGAAUUUCUCUUCAAACCCACACAGCCUCACUGUUCGCUCCCGAUUGCUAUUUACAUUGUCUGUGGGAAAGAAAUACAUCCUAGUUUUUCUCUUUUCUUUUUCUUUUUGUUUUGUUUUACAGUAAGUAGCUAAGGUAGCCUUAGGCUUGAGAUCUCUUCCUCCCAGCCUUCCUCACCUGGGAUCAUAUUCGUCAACAGGAGUACCCAGUUCUUACUCACCUUAAUGUUUAGGAAACUGUGACUGUUUAAGUGUUUUGUUUUUUUUUUUUUCUGCUUUGUUCUGUUUCCUGUUUGUGUUCCUUCAGCAAUUUUCUCCUUGUUAACAUCACAUUUAAUAAAGACUUAGACUAUAGGGCAAACAAAAUCUAAAGUGACCUUAAAAAUAGUACUUCCUUCUCUAUGGAGGAAAAGGUGGUUUUUCCUUGUUCCUGCCAGGUAGUCUCUGGCUGUGGAAACAAGACUGACUCCCCAUCACCUCAAAGCUUGUUAAGACUUGGGUUAAGGAGGGAAAAAAACACUGACAGUUCUAAUUUAUUAGAAGUCUAGAUCCAAGGUUGCUGGAACCGCUAACCUGAUCAUUCGCCAUUCUCCUUUGUGAUGGCAUUUUGUUCAUUGUGCUCAGGAUUUAACUGAAGUUCUCACAAAGUAGACCAGUGCUGUCUGCCACUGAUAUGGCCCCAGCCCUGAUUCCUGUUGGAGAGUGCUUUGCAUAUGUCUACACUCUCUGUGGCUGACAUUUUCUGUUUUAUUAGAUAUCGUCUCAUGUAGCCCAAGCUGUCCUCAAACUCAACUGUGUGACCAAUGAAGCCCUUGACCUUCUGAUGCCCCUGCCUCAACCUCCCAAGUACAAGGGUUACAGGUGUGCCCUACCACGCCUGACAGCAAAACAGCUCUUCACUGCUCCUUUCCCUCACCGUGCCAAGCCUGAGCUGCCUGUCUGCUCCUGUGUGCCACCAAGGGCUGGGAUUCACUGUUCAUCUCAUUCGUCUUCUGAAACAUGUAUUAGGGCAACAUCUAGUCACUGGUUUCUGUUUUAGUGUAUAUAAAAGUUGACUUUGUGUUUUCUUUCUGUAAUUUGAAGUCACAAUCAUUAUGUAAAGGAGUAAAAGCCUAGCAUAUUAUAUGUCAAGAUGCUUCCCUAAUGUACAGAAUCGUGUAAAAUAAAUAAUUACAUUGUA